GGAGAGUUCUUCUUCUUUCUGCUGCCCUCUGUGAGUCCAUCUGAACCUCUCUCCUUUUGCUCCCUCUCAUAGUGCAGAGCUGCUCAAUCACCCCCAGCUCUACAAUGGAGAGAGGGGAAAUCCUGGCUGUGUGUCUGCUGUGCUGGAGCUGCAGCGUGUGUGUGGUAACAGCCAUCCAGAGGGCUGAUAUGUUUCCUUAUGGCACUCUGAGUGGAGAUUUGAUUUUGGCAGAGGGCGACGAUGAAACCUCCAGAGUGCUGUCCCUGCCCAAACCCUUAUACUUCUACGACACCCUCUUCUCACAGCUAUAUGUGGCUACCAAUGGUAUCAUAUCAGCCCAGGACCUGCCGAUGGAAAAGCAAUACGUAGAUGACGACUUCCCCACAGAUUUCCCUGUGGUGGCUCCGUUUCUGGCUGACAUUGACACCAGCGGAGGGCGAGGACAGAUUUACUACCGUGUGACCGAGACGCCCAGUGUGCUCAACAGAGUGGCCCAGGAAGUACAUCGGGGUUUCCCAGAUGCAAAAUUCACACCCACACAUGUUGUGGUUGCAACAUGGGAGAAUGUCGCGGCAUAUAAAGAACAAACUCGAACCAGUGGAUCUUCAAACAAGGUCAAUACGUUCCAGGCAGUCAUUGGUUACGAUGAGACCGAUUCAUACGUUCUCUUCCUUUACCCUGAAGGUGGCCUGAACUUCUUUGGGACCCGCCCCAAGGAGCCUUAUAAUGUUGAGCUAGAGCUUCAUGCUAGAGUUGGCUUCAGCAGAGGAGAAGUCACAUAUCUGAUCUUCUCCCGGACUGAGGGACCUCACUACAGUGUCACCAGCGAUGUGCAGAGUGUUAAAAACCUCUACCAGGUUGGUAAUACAGGAAUUCCUGGGGUUUGGCUUUUCCACACUGGAAACCGUUACUCUUUCGACAACAUUGUUCCUGCAUCCACUGGUGGCCUCCUUGUUACUCCACCAAGUGGAGGAUUUCACCUCUCCCUGGACACCACCACCCCUGAGUAUGGUGAGUUUGAGGAAUAUACAGAUGGCACUCUUGACCCUUAUAAUGAGGAGGAAGAUGAUGAUUAUCCUCUGACUGGCGGGAACCCUGCAUUCCAGCCAGCUCCUGCUGGUGGUGACCACUCAGCACCAGAUGCUCCCUCUUCACCUUCAGAGGAUUCUGGUCAUCAGGUGUCAUAUGGCAGCAAGGAUGUACCACUGACCUCUGAACCCAGGUACAGUUCAGAGCCAGCAGAGAGGCAGUAUGUUCCUCCUAAUCAUCCAGAAAGAGAAUCAGAGGGAGGUGCUCGGCAGACUCAGGAACAGCAACCACAGGUUCCUCUGGAGGUGGUGGAUGUCUACCCCCCCCACAGAAGUGUACCACCUCUUUCCCCUGGAGGUCACGUGGUCAGCGUGGAUGAAGACGAUGUUGAUUUUGACACAGGAGUGAUUCAUUACACUACAGAGAAUAAGGAAACAUGUGCCAGAUUCCAACAGCAGUGCUCCCAGAAUGCAUUUUGCUCCGACUACGCCACAGGCUUCUGCUGUCACUGCCGGCCUGGCUUCUAUGGAAAUGGACGCCACUGUCUCCCUGAGGGUGCUCCACAGCGUGUUAGUGGUAAGGUGAGCGGAACAGUGACUGUGGGUUCGACUCCAGUGGAGCUGAACAACAUUGAUCUUCAUGCCUACAUCGUGGUGGGAGAUGGGAGAGCGUACACUGCCAUCAGUGAGGUACCCGAGCCAGUGGGCUGGGCUCUGAUGCCACUUGCACCAAUAGGAGAGCUGUUUGGAUGGCUGUUCGCUCUGGAGCUGCCUAAUAGCCAAGCAGGAUUCAAAAUCACAGGUGCGGAGUUCACUCGGCGUGCAGAGGUGAUCUUCUACCCCGGAAACCAGCGCCUGUCAAUCAUCCAGACAGGCCAUGGCCUUGAUGACCACAACCACCUCACUGUGGAUACUGUAAUCAAUGGCAACGUGCCCUUCCUGCCCCCUGCGGCUGAAGUUACCAUGGAACCCUUCAAGGAGACCUACCAGUACUACCCAUCUGUGGCCACCUCCACUUCUGUCAGGGAGUUUUCAGUUGUUUCGGCAGAGCGAGGCUCAGAGUCCUUCUCCUUCCAGCUGAAGCAGAACAUCACCUACCGAGACUGUCGACAUGACAACCGUGCCGCUGUCCAGGAAACGCUGCAGAUCACCAUGGAGAGGGUGUUUGUGAUGUACGUCAAGGAGGAGCGGAUCCUGAGAUAUGCUAUCACCAACAAGAUCAGCCCAGUUGGAGCUGAGGGAACAGGACUGGAGCUGGUCAACCCCUGCUACGCUGGAAACCACGACUGUGACACCACGGCCCAGUGUAUCCCACUGGAGGGCCAGGCCUUCCAGUGCCAGUGUGCUACUGGUUACAGAGGGGAUGGACGCAACUGUUACGACAUAGAUGAGUGUGCUGAGGGCCUGAGUUCAUGUGGUGCUCAUGCUGAGUGCAUGAAUCUGCCCGGUAGCCACCGCUGCCAGUGCCAGAGCGGCUAUGAGUUUGGCUUUGACGGACGUACCUGUGUUGAUGUAGAUGAAUGCAGCACCUCUCCAUGUCACAUCGACGCCAGAUGUAUCAAUGGACUGGGCUCCUUCCAGUGUCAGUGCCAGCCUGGCUUUUAUGGUGAUGGUUUCUUCUGCUCCCAACAGCAAGGACAGACAGGUCGCCCAAAGAGCCAGUGUGAGCAGCACAGAGACAGCCUGCAGAGUGGAGCGGAACACGGUGGUCGACCAAGUGUCGGAGCCUUCAUCCCUCAGUGCGACUCUGAUGGACGGUACCGACCCCUGCAGUGUCACGGCUCCACUGGACACUGUUGGUGUGUGGAUGAAAGGGGGCAGGAGAGAGCAGGAACCAGGACACCACCUGGUACAGCACCCACAGACUGUGACAAACCAGAUGAACCAGAGCGUCCUAAAACACACUGUGAGCACCACAGAGACAGUGUACAGACCACCAGUCCAGAGGGAUAUCCUUUACUUGGAGCAUAUGUACCUCAGUGUGACUCUAAUGGACAGUACAUACCUUUGCAGUGUCAUGGCUCCACUGGACAUUGUUGGUGUGUGGACAAUAAUGGACAGGAGAGAGCUGGAUCAAGGACACCACCUGGUACAACACCCACAGACUGUAGCAAACCAGAUGAACCAGAGCAUCCUAAAACUCACUGUGAGCACCACAGAGACAGUGUACAGACCACCAGUCCAGAGGGAUAUCCUAUACUUGGAGCCUAUGUACCUCAGUGUGAUGAUGACGGACAGUACAGAUCGUUACAAUGUCACGGCUCCACUGGACACUGUUGGUGUGUGGAUGAAAGAGGACAGGAGAGAGCAGGAACCAGGACACCAUCUGGUACACGACCGAAAGACUGUGACAAACCAGAUGAACCGGAGCGUCCUAAAACUCACUGUGAGCACCACAGGGACAGUGUACAAACCACCAGUUCAGAGGGAUAUCCUUUAGUUGGAGCCUAUGUGCCUCAGUGUGACGCAGAAGGACAGUACACACCACUGCAGUGUCAUGGCUCCACUGGACAUUGCUGGUGUGUAGACAGUAGGGGACAGGAAAGAGCAGGAACCAGGACAUCACCUGGUGCACCACCAACAGACUGUGAUAAACCAGAUGAACCAGAGCGUCCUAAAACUCACUGUGAGCACCACAGAGACAGUGUACAGACCACCAGUCCAGAGGGAUAUCCUAUAGUUGGAGCCUAUGUCCCUCAGUGUGAUGAUGACGGACAGUACACACCACUGCAGUGUCACGGCUCCACUGGACAUUGUUGGUGUGUAGACAGGAGGGGACAGGAGAGAGCAGGAACCAGGACAUCCCCUGGUACACGACCCAAAGACUGUGACAAACCAGAUGUACCAGAGCGUCCCAAAACCUUCUGUGAGCAGCACAGAGACAGUGUUCAGACAACCAGUCCAGAGGGAUAUCCUAUACCGGGAGUGUUUGUCCCUCAAUGUGAUUCAAAUGGACAAUACACCACUCAACAGUGUCAUGGUUCCACUGGACAUUGUUGGUGUGUGGAUAUUAGAGGACAGGAGAGAGCAGGAACCAGGACUCCGCCUGGUGAACCAACUGUAGACUGUGACAAACCAGAUGAACCAGAGCGUCCUAAAACUCACUGUGAGCACCACAGAGACAGUAUACAGACCACCAGUCCAGAGGGAUAUCCUAUACUUGGAGCCCAUGUCCCUCAGUGUGAUGAAAAUGGACAGUACAUACCACUGCAGUGUCACGGCUCCACUGGACAUUGCUGGUGUGUGGACAGUACGGGACAGGAGAGACCAGGGACCAGGACAUUACCUGGCACACAACGCAAAGACUGUGACAAACCAGAUGAACCAGAACGUCCUAAAACUCACUGUGAGCACCACAGAGACAGAGCUCAGACUACCAGUCCAGAGGGAUAUCCUAGAGUUGGAGCUUAUGUACCUCGGUGUGAUGAUGACGGACAAUAUCUACCUCGACAGUGUCAUGGUUCCACUGGACAUUGUUGGUGUGUGGACAGUAACGGACAGGAGAGAACAGGAACCAGGACACCACCUGGUGCACCACGUGUAGACUGUGACAAACCAGUCCCUGUGGCUCCGACCCAGCGCCCUGAGAGUGUGUGUGAGCGAUGGAGGACCAGUUUGAUUGAGCAUUAUGGUGGAAAACCAGACUCACAACAGUACGUGCCUCAGUGCGAGCCGGAUGGACAAUUCAGUCCAGUCCAGUGUUACGGAGAGACCACUUACUGCUGGUGUGUGGACCAGGACGGGCGGGAGGUCCCUGGCACCCGAUCACAUGAUGUCGUCAAACCUGCAUGUCUUCCCUCAGUGGCCCCGCCCACCAUGCGCCCAUUGCCACGCCCAGAUGUGACCCCUCCAACACACACUGACAUCACACUGCUGUAUGCUCAGGGACAGAAAAUAGGAGCAUUGCCUCUCAACGGGACCAGACUGGAUGCAAGCCGGUCUAAAACACUACUGACCCUACAUGGCUCAAUAGUUGUCGGUAUAGCCUACGACUGCAAAGAGAACCAAGUCUAUUGGACAGAUUUGUCUGCAAGAACAAUCAACAGAGCGUCAAUGGCAGCUGGUGCCGAGCCAGAGAUUCUCAUUAGCUCAAAUCUGGUCAGUCCAGAGGGUUUGGCAGUGGAUGUCAAACGUAGGUUGAUGUUCUGGGUCGACUCGAACCCUGACAUGAUUGAAAGCGCCAACCUGGACGGCAGUAGGAGGAGGACGCUGUUUGACACAGACUUGGUCAACCCUCGAGCCAUCAUAGUGGUCUCUUCCACUGGUACUCUGUAUUGGACCGAUUGGAACCGAGAGGCUCCUAAGAUCGAGAGUUCGUCAGUGGACGGUCAGAACCGCAGGGUGGUGGUGUCUGACGGCAUCGGUUUACCAAACGCUCUUACGUAUGACUCUUCCUCUGGACAAGUCUGUUGGGCUGAUGCAGGUACAAAGCGUUUAGAGUGUGUGUCCCCGGAUGGUUCGGGUCGAAGAGUGGUCCACCCCAGUCUCAACUACCCGUUCAGCAUGGUCUACUACAGGAACCAUUUCUAUUACACUGACUGGAGGAGGGAUGGAGUGAUCUCAGUGAGCAAAGACACCAGUCAGAUCACUGAUGAAUACCUGCCUGACCAGCGCUCUCACCUGUACGGCAUCGCCAUAGCAACUACCCAAUGUCUAUCAGGGAGCCACUAACGACAGACUGGCAGCUGCAGGGUCCUUUGGUGCUAAAGUUCUGGGGCGAUUCCUGAUCAGAGGGCAGGACCACCUCAAGGCGUGCCCUCCCCAGUGUCCCUCAGUAAUAAAAAGGACACUCAGUUGGGAGCAAGAUGGCUUCCUGUUGCCAGAUCGACCGUCAGAGCAAAUUUACAACCCCUCCACUCACCCUGACCCCGACCCCAUUAUCUCACCUUAAAGAUAUAACCCCAAAAUAAAUGUUUUGUAAAUUUGUUUUAUACCUCAUUUUUAGUUUUUUUUUCUACUGUAUUUUUGUACGUGAGUUGUUUUUGUUUUAUACCGAUUAAACCUACAGAAUCAGAUUUUAAAAUGUGUGUGAGAGUAGGUUUUCUGUUUUGUUUUUAAAGCCAAAGAAGAAUGACCUGAAGAGCUUUUAAACCAUAUUCGAGCCAAAGUUUUGUUGUGAAACUGAGCAUUACAUUUCUUUUUGGUCCGCUGGCCACAGUGGCUUUUUAUAUUUAGUGUCAUUGUUAAGCUUUCAGAGUGGAUUCUGGACAAAUAUAAAAACGGGAAACAGAAAAGUUAACUGUUUUGGGGGAGAUUGUUAUCAAGUCUUGACAAGAGAUGCGAAGAUCGAUACUACUUUCAGAAAUGAGUGGUAGCAAUCUCUUCAUCGAAGUCUCGGCAACAAUUUGUACUUCCAGAAAUGUCAAGCUAUGACAUCACAACUGAAAUUGAAAAGAAUUUAACUGAUGGAAGUUAAAGUCUUCAAUAAUUAGUGGGAUCAUUAAUUUACCCGAUUAGAAAUAGAAUUAGCAAUUCAAGAAAAUACAUGUUUGAGUAUGUCAUGCAACAUGUUAAGAGGAAAAUCGCCGCCACUGUUGAGACUGAAAUAAAUUGUGUAAUCAGAUUACUGUAAUCUGAUUCUUCGUAAUAAUCUCUUCCCCUCAGCCCUGUGGCCACGGUCAGAUCCCAGUGACGACAGUCCUGCCAUAUUUCUCUGCACUACUAAUCUGUAUUUCACACGUGAUGAAAGGACGUUUUUCUUUUUUUUUGCCAAAUAUUUUUACUACUACUACUUUUCAAAUCUUUAUCUUUUUAUAAGAUGUGAUAUUUAUAACAAUAAAAUGUGAUUUGGUACUUGA